UUGCACGUCAUUUCUUGGCUUAAUUUGUUUAUGGACGCGAGGCUCUGUGCUGAAUCAGCAUCCUCUGCGGACUGCCUGUCUAAUAGCUCAUUAAAUAGCCCCAUCUCCUCACUAUCAGAUGACCAUAGGUGUAAUUUGGGGGGCAAAGGGUGGCCGGUGUUUCCCGACACUAGUCGAGCGGCUCCGACAGUGAGCAGAGCCCGACAUAUUCUGAACAUCUUCCAAAUGUUGAGCCCGAGUCGUGAAGUGCUGCUCUUGAAGGGGGCGAAGUUGGGAGGGAGGGAGACGACGACGAGGGAGGAAACAGCAACAUUCUCACAGAUUUUCACCCCUGAAAGCAUCCCGAGGUCUGCGCUGACUGCACCUCAGCUCCAACCGGCCAAUUAAAGACACAAAAGAAUCAGCCAGGAUGGCGAAAGUCAGUGUGAUGGCAUUCAGCUUUCUGCUCACCACAGCUCUUUCUGCUCCCGUUAAAGUCUUAGAGGACUCAGUGACCUUGUUCCAUGGGGAGAAUUUCCACAUCAUGCUGCCUCCAGUUCCUUCAGAGGUCACAUUUCGGAACAGGUCUUCUCCGAGGUCAGCUGAUCUAGUCUUGAUGCGGGGAGACACUGUGGUCAACAAUCGGGUCAAACUCAACGCCCAACACCUCAUUAUAAACUCUGUAGAUGAGGGAUACGAGGGCGUGUACACCAUCAAGAAUCUAGACAAGCCAGAGGACAUCAGACGCAUUACUCUUGUAGUCCGAGAUUGCUCCAAUGAGCAGAUUAUUAAAUAUGGAGACAACUACCAUAUUCCGCUGUCAGGGGUGACUCCUCCCAUCACCAUGGAGUACAAGCCAAUUGCUGUGGAGGCCAACCUGACAUCUAGACCUGGUCUUGUGCUGCUGACCAGCACAGGGAUAUCCAGGGGUGGCUACGAGGGUCGAAUCAGUGUCAGCGAGCGCCACGUCACCCUCAGUGCUGUCACUGGUGCGGACGAAGGUAGCUACAAUAUCAGGGAUGGCAAAGGUGUUAUCCGAAGGAAAGUGUGUCUCAACGUCAAAGAGCAUCAACACUUUGUGACCCUGCCGUAUGGUAAAAGGCUGAAAAUCAACCUGAUACUGAACAGCUCAUUGGUCCAGCUCUACUACACACCCGAAAAGGACCCUACACCCCGUCUGCUGCUGGACAAGGGAGAAUUUACAAGUGCCCAAACUGAGCUGGGUCUUGAGGGCCGUCUCUCUUUGGAGGAUUCAUUGGUUGUCCUGGAUCAGGUCAAGGGUGCAGAUGCAGGCCAGUUCAAAAUCACUGACAUUCUGGGGUUCACUGUGUCCAGCAUCCACCUGCAAGUACAACCCUACAAGCUGGAGUCACUGUAUGUGGCGAUCAUUGCCCUGUUGGGCCUGCUGGUUUUCCUUCUGCUGGUUUGCUUGCUGUCCUGCCUGAUCAAAGUGAAGAAGAGGGCCAAGAGGGCUGCUGCCCUGGAGAAGAUUGCCCAGAAAGAUAGCAAAGAAGAUGAGGGAGAGGCCUUCAGACAGGUGGUCAAGAACAUCACCAAACUCAGUGAGGAAUCUAAGCAUUCCCAGGCUGACAAUACUGAGAAAUCUCAGAGCACUGAGGUAGACAUUAAGGGUCUGGAGGUCUCUUCUAAAGAGGUCGGGGUUGACAACCUGGAGACCAGUGACUCUGGAGUUGGCUUUAACACCGCCCUCCCGCUGGACACUGACACUGAUGCCCCUGAUCAAAUCUCAGACUCUGUGGCUGUAACCAUCUCUGUUGCCCCUGAAACCAAACCAAGUCCACCAUCUGCUGCUGAGUCCAAGCCAAGUGCUCCACCAGCUAUGGAAAUUAAGCCCAGUCCUGUAGUUGAAACUAAAGCCUUCCCAGCACCUGAGGCCAAAACAACCCCUGAUCAGCCAGUGGAAGCAAAGUUGGACGUGCCCAAACCAGCAGAUGUUAAGCUUAGCCCAGCCCCGAGCCCUGAGCCCAAGGCCAGGAGUCCAGCUGAUCUGAAGCCUGCUCCCAUCCCAAGCCCGGAGCCUAAACCAGCUGCUCCAAAAGCCACCACUCCAACACCUGAAAGUAAGAGUGCCCUGACUCCCACACCUGAGCCCCCUAUUACCAACGGUACACCUGAGCCAGGCCCGGAUUCCAAACCAAGCCCAGAUCAUGCUGAUAUUAUUGGAGGCUCAGCUCCAAAAGCGGCUCCCCCAAAAACCCCUGAAGUGGAGCUGAAAUCCAGUGGUGCCGCACUGGAGGCCACCAAAGACGGCACUAUGGCUGAGGAUUCAACCACCACCACCUGAGAACUUCCCCUGAAAAAAUCCAAGAGAAGCCCCACAGAUUUUCUCUAUCUACCACCACUGUAGACUAUCAGACACCCCCUAUCAAAUAAUGAAGAAACCACUGAAACUGGGGCAAGGACCUUGGUUUAACAAGUCUAAUGCCUGAACACAGUUUUAACUUGAUAAUAAUAUUUCACUUGUCUAUAACUAACACGUAAUCUUUGAGACUUUCUGAUUCAGAAAAACUUCACACAACAAAUGCGGUUGUUGAUUGUUAAACAUUUAAGUCCACUACAAUUACAAUGUUAAGUCAACAUAAGGUCUUUUCUAACACAGUGAGUUAGCCAAAAAGGUUUACAACAUUUCAUUGAAACUAGACCAUACUAGAAAUUCCCAUUUAGAUGUUUGUUCCUGUAUCAGCAUGUGGAUAAAACCAACUGCAUGACAUUUUCUGCCAAUUUCAUCUCAAACCUAAAUUAAAAUGCCUGAUGUCAUUCUUCUGAUUUGACAUCAUCAA